AUGCCAUACAAUCUCAGGGAUCGUAAUGUUUUGGUCACUGGGGGUUCUAGGGGCCUCGGCGCUAUCAUUUGUGAAAGGUUUGCUGCAGAGGGUGCAAAUCUCUUGAUUAACUAUGUAAGCGCAAGGGACAAAGCAGAAGAGCUUGCCGAAAAGUGCAAGCAGAGCUUCGGUGUCAAAGUUGCCAUUGCCCAAGGGGAUGUCGGGGUUGCAGCAGACUGUUCUCGCCUGGUCCAGGAAACCGUCAAACAACUGGGAGGUAUCGAUGUCAUUGUCAACAAUGCUGGUUGGACCAGGUUUGCAAAGUUUGGAGACCUCAACGACCUCAGCCACGACGAAUGGAACAAGUGUUGGCACGUGAAUGUCAUGUCACAACUGUGUCUGAUGCAGGAAGCCGCGCCCCUAUUCAAUUCCAACCCGGAUGGAGGAGUGUUUCUCAUUUCUUCGUCGGUUGCGGGAAUUAGCUGCGGUGGAAGUAGCAUGGGCUAUUCUGUAACCAAGGCCGCUGGUAUUCACCUGAUGAAGUGCCUUGCCUCCACCCAAGGCCCUAAGAUAAGAGUCAACGCCAUCUUGCCAGGCCUUCUUCUUACAGAUUGGGGUAAGAAAUAUCCCGAGGAGCGACAACAAUUUAUAAUCAAUUCGGCUGCCUUGAAACAUGAAACCUAUCUGGAUGAUUGCGCCGAUUCAUUCGUCUCGACUGCGAAGAACACUUCCAUCACAGGGCAACAAAUUGUAGUUGAUGCUGGUCUCGUCAUUAGGUAA